CAUACAUUCAUCAAACAAUUCAGUUUUUAUUUAACCACGUACGUUUAACAUGGUUUAUCGAUAGGGUAAACUAAAUAUACAUGCUAUGUAUAAAUAUUUAAACUAUAAAAUAUUUAAAAUGCAUUUCAUCUUAAUUUUUUUAAAUGUUCACUUUAUAACGACUGUUGUUUAUGGAGCUCAAAUAUUCGCUUUCGUACCGAUAUAUGGACAGAGUCAUUGGAACGUUAUGGAUGCUGUAUUACAAACCCUCGUGUCUGCUGGACACAAUGUUACCGUUAUAACUCCUUUUAUAAGAAAAGAAAAAAUUGAAAACUAUACUCAGAUAGAUUCGUCUUUUUACAUGAAACGAUCGGCAUCGGCACCGUUCGACCAAGUCAUUGGAGAUGAUGGUGUUGAAUAUUUAAUUAACACACACCUCGCUUCGUGUGAAGCUAUUUAUAAGUGCAAAGAUUUCUGGACCGUGCUCGAAUCUAAAAAAUAUGACCUUUUCAUCACACAAUUGUUGGGUUCGGGUUGUGAUUCGUAUAUAGCCUACAAACUACAAGUGCCGAUGAUCGCCGUUACUGCAUCUGCCAUGCCGACGUGGUUGAAUGAUGAAUUGGGCAAUCCUCUUAUUACUUCUUACACGUCCACACUAAACGCAGCAAUGGCAAGUCCUAAAACAUUUUGGGACCGUUUUUUAAACAGUUACGAUUACGUACGUUCGAAUAGUCAAAGUUGGUGGUACAAUCGUAAUGCAACGGUAUUGGGAAGAACUUAUUUUGGCAAAGACGUGCCGGAUUCUUACAUGUUAAUGAAAAAAAUAUCAUUGGUAUUCGUCAACAGCCAUCUCUCUUUUAACUUACCCAGGCCGUGGAUGCCAAAUCUUAUAGAAAUCGGAGGUAUUCACGUAAUCGAUCCUAAACCAUUACCAAGAGAUAUACAACUAUUUAUUGACGGCGCUCCAGUUGGGAUAAUAUAUUUCUCAUUUGGUUCCACUGUAAAAAUGGAUUCACUUCCAGCGAAAAUGCAAAUUGCAUUACAAGAGGCAUUUGCUGAACUACCACAAAGGAUACUGUGGAAAUAUGACGGUGAGGUAAUGGAAAACCAACCAAACAACGUUAUGAUCAAGAAAUGGUUUCCUCAAAGAGACAUAAUGGCACAUUCAAAAUUAAAACUAUUUAUUUAUCACGGCGGGUUGUCAGGUACAAAUGAAGCCAUUAUCAAUCAAGUACCUAUACUUGGCAUACCAUUAUUUAGCGAUCAACAUAGAAACAUAGCGAACGCAGUAAACUUGGGAAUGGGUUUAAGUCUAAACUAUAAAACUAUAGAUAAAAAAUCAGUUGUAGCUGCUGCUAAAGAAAUAAUCAACAAUAAAAAAUACAAACGAAAUCUUCAAGAGUUGUAUCAGUUGUUUAAAGACCGGCCAAUGUCUCCAAGAGCGCUAGUCGCAUAUUGGACUGAGUAUGUAAUUAAACAUAAUGGAACCGAACACAUGAAAUCAGCAUCAAACGACAUGUAUUGGUAUCAGUAUCAUCAUUUAGAUGUUAUAUUGGUCGUAGUAUUAAUUUCAAUAAGUCUAUUGGCAGUUUUAUUGUAUAUUUCAAUAAUAAUUACAUGUUCUCUUGUUAAAUGUAUUCAUUUAAAACAAAUGAAGUACGUCGGGCUGCUCCUGGUGGCCGCCUUAGGCGCGCUGUCCACCGCCGACGGCGCCMACAUCCUCGGCGUGUUCCCCAUUAACGGCCGCAGCCAUUGGGUGGUGUACGAGACCUUGAUGAAGGCCCUGGUGGCGCGCGGCCACAACGUGACGGUGAUCACGGCGUUCCCCCAGAAACAGCCACUGGCCAACUACACGGACAUCGACGUGUCGGCGUCGUUUCCGUCCGCGGUGAACACGCUCAGCGUCGAAAUGGUGCUCAAAUACCUGUCCAGCGUGUUCGCCAACCAAUGGUUCAUCGCCGACCAUCAGAUGAAUAUCUGCCGGAAGACCCAGAAGCUGCCCCAGGUGAAAGCGCUGCUCCAAAGUGGCAUCAAGUUUGAUGCGGUUUUCACAGAAAUAUUUGGAGCUGAUUGUGAUGUUGGCUAUGCUUACCAUUUCAAAGCACCCCUAUUGUCCAUCAUGUCCAGUUCACAUUUGCCUUGGAGUUACGACCGUGUGGGUGGACCAGAUAACCCUUCGUACAUACCGACGAUCGUAACAAGAGCAGCUGGAAAGAUGAACUUCAAAGAACGUAUGAUCAACACCUUGUACUAUAUAUACUUUAAAUUGGCAUGGAAGUAUUACAGUGAAUGGCCAGCAAAUGAAUUGUUGAAAGAGAACUUUGGACCGGACACACCUCAUAUCAACGAAAUAGUUUACAACACUUCAAUGGUGUUUGUCAACGGUCACUUUUCCUUGGAUGGACCACGCCCUCUAGUUCCCAACAUGGUGGAAAUUGGUGGAAUACAUGUAAAAUCACCCAAGCCCAUACCCAAGGACAUAUUGAAGUUUAUCGAAGACUCACCGAAUGGAGUUAUGUUUUUUACGUUUGGGUCUCUUAUUCGUAUAUCUACACUACCACCAAAUGUAUUGCAAAUGUUUAAGGAUGUAUUCGCAAAAUUACCCAUCAGAGUCUUAUGGAAAUACGAAGAAGAAAUGCCUGACAAACCUGAUAAUGUGUACAUAAGCAAAUGGAUGCCUCAAAGAGAUAUUUUGAAUCAUCCAAAAGUCCGUUUGUUCAUGACCCACGGUGGACUGUUAGGGACAAUAGAAGCAGUAUAUUCGAGCGUACCAGUCAUAGGAAUUCCGUUUUUCUUCGACCAACCUAGAAAUAUAUUAAAACUUGUGGAACAGGGUUCAGGUAUUAUAUUGGAUUAUGAAACGUUGACAAAGGAUAUUCUAUACAAUGCUAUUACAACAAUAGUUAAUAAUAACAGCUACGCAAUAAAUGCGAAAAAAUUAGCAAAACGGUUCAAAGACAGGCCCAUGAAUGCAACGGAAACUGCCRUCUAUUGGACAGAGUACGUAAUAAGACACAAAGGGGCAAAACAUUUAAGAACUGCGGCCGUUGGAAUGCCCUGGUGGAAGUACUUCUUAGUAGAUGUCAUCGGUUUUAUUUUGCUCAUCAUUUUUGUUGUAUUUUAUCUAAUUUACUUUGUGCUCAAAGUUAUCUACAAGAAAUUAUUCAAAAAGACCGUCCCUAAAAAGAAGGAAAAGAAAAAUUGAAACAUUCAAUUCGUAUUAUACCUGAAUUACUAUAAAAUACAAAUGGUACAAAACAACUUAACUCCAUUCAUUUUUGUGAUACGAGUUGAAAUAAUUUCUAUCAAAAUCAUAUAGGUAGGUAGGUAUUAGGAGUCUGGACACAUCCUCAUAUUAAGGAUACGUGAAUAUUAUGUUACCAAAUCUAUUCAAUAUUAUGCAAUUUAUUAAUUUUAAUUUUAACUAUAACUAUAUGCUAUCUUUUGGAUAAUUUUCUUGUAUAGCGACAAAAUACUGUAGUAGGUACCUUCAGUGAACAAAUUUCAUAUUCCUAUCUAAAUUUUUUAAUAUUAUAUACAAUUUUUUUAAACUAUUUAUAAAAAAAAAUAACUACCUACCAGUGUGUU